AUGCAGUCUUCAACUAUUCUCGUCAACUUCCACAACAGCUGCCCUAAGUGUGGCGCGAGCAUUGACGGAGAUAACAAGUCUUGCGGAUCUUGCGGCAGCGUAAGUUGUCUGCACAACAUUUUGUUGUGUUCUGUGGGAGAUUAUGCUGAUGUUUGCUAUAUAGUCGUGCCCUGUUUGAAGCCUGGAUGA